CGAAGUCACCAAUAGAAAAGCUCUUUGUAUGAAACAUAUGUCGAAUGCUCACAUUACCAGACAGAAUAAGCAGCAAAUGAAAGCUUUUCAGUAGAUAUGAACUCUUAAUAUGGCGCCUGCACAAGCUCUGGAUCAUGAUAUCCCGUUAUUUUAUAUCUCAACGUUCUGGGCCAGAGUCCUUAUAGGAUUUCUAGCCUUUCUGUGCUUCGCAAACAGCUACAAUGGGAACUUUGUGUUUGAUGACUCUGAAGCCAUUAUUAAUAACAAGGACCUCAGAGAAGAAACCCCAGUUGAUGAUCUGUGGUUACAUGACUUUUGGGGCACUAAACUCAGCAGCAAUGCAAGUCACAAGUCCUACAGACCUCUGACGGUGUUAACUUUCAGAAUUAAUUACAGUGUUGCAGGAGGACUGCACCCGCUGGGAUUUCAUGUUGUCAAUAUAAUAUUACAUUGUUUAGUCUCUGUCCUGCUGCUCGAUGUCUUCUCCAUACUGUUUGGCACUGUGGCAUGCAGUAGUAAAGGCAAAAAAAUAACUUAUGCUCCAAAGGCACCGCUUCUAGCUGCUUCGUUGUUUGCCGUGCAUCCAGUACAUACUGAAUGCGUUGCAGGAAUCGUUGGUAGAGCCGACCUCCUCUGCGCGCUAUUUGUCGUAUUAUCAUUUCUUGGAUAUUGCAAAGCUCUUCCAGGACUCAGUGCUGGGAGUUAUUCUGUAUUUUGGGUCAUCCUUAGUAUAAUCCUGGGAGCAAUUGCCAUGCUGUGUAAGGAACAAGGGAUAACUGUUUUGGGUUUGAAUGCUGUAUUUGAUAUCUUUGUAAUCUGCAAGUUAAACAUCGUGGAAUGUAUCCAGAAGGCACUGCACAGGGACAGAACAUCAGAGAAUAUUACAUUCCCGUACAAGGGACUGUUUUCACGGAUCAGCCUUUUGGUGUCUGGAGGUGUAUCUGUGUUGUAUGUACGCUGGCGUAUAAUGGGCACUGGACCUCCUUUGUUUACAGAAGUGGACAACCCAGCAUCUUUUGCUGAUAGUUUUCUUGUCAGAGUGGUAAACUAUAAUUACUACUAUUCUUUGAAUGGGUGGUUGCUGAUGUGCCCCUGGUGGCUAUGCUUUGAUUGGUCGAUGGGAUGCAUACCUCUUAUCAAAUCCAUCAGUGACUGGAGGCUUAUUGCACUUCUGUCUUUAUGGUGCUGCCUGUUUGGAUUAAUGUACCAGGCUCUAUGCUCUACUGAUGGACAAAAACGGAGAAUCCUGACAGUGGGUUUGGGGUUUCUCAUUAUCCCCUUUCUACCUGCAAGCAAUGUAUUUUUCCGAGUUGGGUUUGCUGUUGCAGAACGGGUGCUUUACUUGCCCAGUAUAGGUUAUUGUGUGUUGGUCACCUAUGGCUAUUGUAAGCUCUGUAGACAAGUUAAAAAUAAGAAGCUCCUCGGUACAGUCAUGCUAGGAAUUGUGGCCAUAAAUGUGGCACGCUGUAUAUAUCGCAGUCACCAGUGGACAUCUGAGGAGUUAUUGUUCAAUAGCGCAUUGUCUGUCUGUCCUCUAAAUGCUAAAGUACAUUAUAAUGUUGGUAAGAACUUAGCAGACAGAGGACACCAAGCUGCUGCUAUUCAAUACUACAGAGAAGCUGUGAGAUUAAACCCUAAAUAUGUACAUGCAAUGAACAAUCUUGGAAAUAUCUUGAAAGAGAGGGAUGAACUCCAGGAAGCAGAGCAGCUGUUGUCACGAGCUGUCUCUAUCCAGCCUGACUUCUCUGCUGCAUGGAUGAAUUUAGGUAUUGUACAAAACAGCCUGACAAGGUUUGAUGAAGCUGAAAAAAGCUACCUAACUGCUCUCAAAUACAGGAAAAAAUACCCUGACUGUUAUUACAAUCUUGGACGCUUGUAUGCAGACCUAAAUCGCCAUAUGGAUGCCCUCAAUGCAUGGAGAAAUGCCACGUAUCUGAAACCAGAACACAGCUUGGCUUGGAACAAUAUGAUCAUCCUUCUUGAUAACACAGGAAACCUAGCUCAGGCUGAAGUUGUUGGAAGACAGGCCUUGAAGCUGUUACCAAAGGACCAUUCUAUUAUAUUUUCAUUAGCAAAUGUAUUGGGAAAGGCAGAGAAAUACAAGGAAUCUGAAGGUUUGUUCCUUAAAGCUAUUGAAGCUAACCCUACGUCUGCAAGUUAUCACGGCAAUUUGGCUGUGCUCUACCAUCGCUGGGGAAAUCUGGAACAGGCCAAGAAAUACUAUGAAACCUCCAUGAAGCUUGACCCCUCUGCCCCAGGGACGAAGGAGAACUACAAUCUAUUGAAACGAAAGCUGGAACAACUGAAAAGGAGAGACCGGGUGUGAUUGAGAGCAGAGGAAAUAUUUCUACCCUCUGAUUUAUGUACAUUUUAUGGAGCACAGUCUCAUGUGGCUGUCUAUUCUUGUAGCCAUAGUGUAGAGGAGGAUGACCAACAGGUAGCCGUCCUGUGGUUACUGAACCACAUCAAUACAAUAAUUCUUAGCAAUCGGAUUUCGACAGAAAUAAUGCAAGGAUAGCGUGCUACAGAGAAGGUUUAUUGUUUGGGGCUGGACAUUGAAUAUUGAAAUAAUUCUGGAUCUUGCGAAGCCUUCUCUCUGGGGUAUACAGACGUUUCAUGCAUAAGGACACCUUAAAGGGUGAUUUAUAGUCCGGUACAAGAAAUGUAACCGAAUGCAUCUCAAGGUUUAAGUUAUUUUUUAAAUGCUGCAUGUGCUAUUAUGGCAUACUGGACUUGCACAGAACAUUGCCAGGUCCAUUUGUUAUUAAAGUAGCUUUAAUUUUU